AUGGCAAUAACGCGACCCAAAACCCCAUCACCGAUCAUAUGGCAAUACCGCGACGCAAAACUCCAUCACCGAUCCUAUGGCAAUACCGCGACGCAAAACUCCAUUACCGAUCCUAUGGCAAUAACGCGACCUAAAACCCCAUUACCGAUCCUAUGGCAAUACCGCGACGCAAAACUCCAUUACCGAUCCUAUGGCAAUACCGCGACGCAAAACUCCAUCACCGAUCCUAUGGCAAUACCGCGACGCCGAACCUCCAUCACCGAUCAUAUGGCAAUACCGCGACGCCGAACCCCCAUCACCGAUCAUAUGGCAAUACCGCGACGCCGAACCUCCAUCACCGAUCAUAUGGCAAUACCGAGACGCCGAACCCCCAUCACCGAUCAUAUGGCAAUACCACGACGCCGAACCCCCAUCACCGAUCAUAUGGCAACACCGCGACCCCAAACCCCAUCACCGAUCCUAUGGCAACACCGCGACCCCAAACCCCAUCACCGAUCCUAUGGCAAUACCGCGACGCAAAACCCAAUCACCGAUCCUAUGGCAAUACCGCGACGCAAAACCCCAUCACCGAUCCUAUGGCAAUACCGCGACGCAAAACCCAAUCACCGAUCCUAUGGCAAUAUCGCGACCCAAAACCCCAUUACCGAUCCUAUGGCAAUAACGCGACCUAAAAUCCCCAUCACCGAUCCUAUGGCAAUAACGCGACCUAAACCUCCCAUCACCGAUCCUAUGGCAAUAACGCGACCUAAACCUCCCAUCACCGAUCCUAUGGCAAUACCGCGACGCAAAACUCCAUUACCGAUCCUAUGGCAACACCGCGACCCCAAACCCCAUCACCGAUCCUAUGGCAAUACCGCGACGCAAAACUCCAUUACCGAUCCUAUGGCAACACCGCGACCCCAAACCCCAUCACCGAUCCUAUGGCAAUACCGCAACGCAAAACUCCAUUACCGAUCCUAUGGCAAUAACGCGACCUAA